AUGGAUCCUAUUGUGCUAUUUCUUAAGGAUGACAUCUUGCCCGAGGAGAAAGGGGAAGCUGAUAAGGUGCGAAGGAAAGCUUCUUGGUUCUGGCAAUCUGAGGAUCAAAAACUGUACAAGCGCUCAUUUUCUGGACCCUAUUUACUAUGUGUUCACCCUGAGGCAGUGGAGCCACUCUUAGAGGAGUUACACGAAGGCAUUUGUGGAAGUCACACAGGGGGCAGAUCACUAUCUCAUAGGGCUCUUACACAAGGAUGUUGGUGGCUGAGUAUGCAAAAAGAAGCACAAAAGUAUGUGAAGAAGUGUGACCAAUGUCGAAGGUCAAUAAGGGAGACGCCUUUCUCAAUGACUUAUGGGGCUGAGGCUGUGAUUCCUCUGGAAACUGGAUUCCCAACACUGAGGACAAGCUUGUUCACUCUGGAGAACAAUGACAACUUCCUAGAGAAAAGCAUGGAUCUAAUUGAAGAACAGUGGGAAAGUGCUAUGGUUCAAUUGGCAUAUUAUUAG